AUGGACCCACAAAGCGCAUCCAUAGCCCCUUCAAAAGAACACAAUGUGGUUUGCACCAUUUUGUUGCUGAGCUGUGGGGGACCAACAGAUAGGUAAUCAUUCUCUCCACCUCACCCAAUGAAAGUAGCCCCUUGAAAACAAAAUGGCAAGUUGUAUAAAACGAAGAAGCUGCAAUUAAAUAUUAACAGAAGUGGCUUUGAAUUUGUUAGACUCUGCUCACCAUACAGUGUCCACCAGUCCUCAGGUAGGUGAUCUGGUAUCGUUUCUACAUUAGCUCCCACUCCCCCUCCCGCUCCGUCUUUGUUUUUUUGCCGACUCAUGGUCAAGCUUGCUGUUGUUUUUGGUGGUGAGUCAUUUUAUUGGAGAGUCCUGCUGUGUAAUAGUCAUUCUGAGCACGCUACCGGGAGAGACCAAACCAUGUCGUCGAUGCUGGAUGAGUACUGUGGUUCCACCUUUUGGAAUGAUUCGUACGUGGACAGACCAGAUCCUGACUUGCCGGUGUGCUUGGAGCAGACUGUUCUGGUGUGGAUUCCUCUGGGAUUUCUUUGGGCCUGUGCACCAUGGCAACUCUCACCCUUAUUCAAGGCCAAACGAAGAGGGGUCAGAUAUUCCAAACUCUACCUCAUAAAGCAGGUCCUUGCUUUCUUGCUGCUGCUGACCUCUGCCAUUGGGUUGAUUAUCACAGUGUUAGAAGACUAUGGUGACUACAGGGACUCCACACCUGACAGGCUGAAUCCUCUGGUUCUCUAUGUGAACCCUUCCAUUUACACAGCAACUUGGUUGAUGGUGUUGCUUAUCCAUGAAAGCAGAAGGCGAGCGAAUGAAAAGAACUCCCCUUACCUCUUCAUAUUCUGGCUGCUGUCCAUUCUGUGUGGUAUCUUUAUGCUGCAGACUCUAAUCAGACUGGCAGUUAGAGAGGGAAGCCCUCCUGAUCUGCCACGCGUCUCAUUGUUUUGUAUCUCCUACUGUCUUGAAUGGAUUUCCUUCAUUGUUUCCUGUAUUUCUGAUGUAUCUCCAGAAGAUAAAGCUGCUGCAAAGAAGAAUCCACAAAUAUCUGCAUCCUUCCUCAGUGAAAUAACAUUCCAUUGGUUCUCCAGCAUGAUGCUGAUGGGAUACAGAAAACCCCUGGAGGCAAAACAUCUGUGGGAUUUGAAUGAUGUUGAUAAAACGCAAACGAUUUAUGCCAAGUUCGAGCGACAUAUGAUGCAAGGCCUGAAGGAUGCGCAGAGGAAGAUGGAAGGAAAGAAGAACAAGGAAGCUCACAAAGAGACAGAACAGAUGAAUGGCUUUAGCAGGAGUACCAGUCAGGACAUCUUAGUCAUGGAAGAAAAGACCAGGAAAGACAAAAAGAAAAAGUCUGAGAAGGCGAAACUCGCACCAAAGAUGGCUGAGGGGUGGCUGGUGCUGUCAAUGCUUAAAAACUAUCGACACAUCCUCAUCAAGGCAGUCAUUUUUAAACUGCUCCACGAUACAUUAAUGUUUGUGAAUCCACAGCUGCUGAAGCAAAUGGUUUCCUUCACUGAGGACAUGUCUGUUUACCAGUGGAUGGGGUAUCUGUAUGCCGUGCUGCUGUUUAUGGUUGCCUUGUUUCAGUCUCUCCUGUUGCAGCAAUAUUUCCACUGCUGUUUUCUGCUGGGGAUGCGAGUGCGGACUGCAAUCAUGGCAGCUGUCUACAAGAAGGCCCUGACUGUAUCCAACACAGCCCGCAAGCAAUCGACAACGGGUGAGAUUGUGAACUUGAUGGCUGUCGAUGCGCAGAGAUUCAAUGAUGUCACAAACUUCAUCCAUUUGCUGUGGUCAGCUCCUCUGCAGAUUUUGGUGGGGGUUGUUUUCCUGUGGCAGGAGCUGGGGCCCUCAGUCUUGGCCGGUCUGGCAAUCAUGAUCCUACUGAUCCCCAUCAAUGGGGUAUUGAUGAGCAGAAUCAAGAAUCUACAGAUGAAGAACAUGGAACACAAGGACCAAAGAAUGAAAUUAAUGAAUGAAAUUCUGAAUGGAAUAAAGGUUAUGAAGUUUUAUGCUUGGGAGCCUUCAUUUGCUGAACAGAUUUUUGGAAUAAGAGACAAGGAGUUAAAGAUGAUGAAGAAAUCUUUCUAUCUGUUGGCCGUUGCUAUUUUCCUUGUCAUGUGCACGCCCUUCAUGGUGACUCUAACCAGCUUCGGUGUGUAUCUCAUUGUGGAUCCAAAUAAUGUUCUCGAUGCCAAGAAAGCCUUUACCUCCAUCUCACUGUUCAACAUUCUGCGCUUUCCUUUGAUGAUGCUGCCCAUGGUGAUCUCAUCAACGGUUCAGGCCAGGGUUUCUGCUAAAAGGCUGGAAUCAUUUCUUGGAAGUGAAAACCUGGACACGUCAGCAAUUCGACAGGAUCCCAGCUGUGAUUCUGCAGUAGCCUUCUCAGAUGCCACCUUUUCAUGGAAUAGAAAUGAAACUCCAACCAUCAAGAAUGUUACACUGAAUAUCAAACCAGGCAACCUGGUAGCAAUUGUGGGACCAGUGGGGAGCGGCAAGACCUCUUUGAUAUCUGCACUACUUGGAGAAAUGGAGAAUAUCAAGGGAUUCAUAAAUGUAAAGGGUUCGUUUGCCUACGUACCUCAGCAAGCAUGGAUCCAAAAUAAUACCCUUCAGGACAAUAUCUUGUUUGGCUUGGAGCAGGAAGAAUCUCGAUACCAGAAAGUCCUGGAGGCCUGUGCUCUUCUGCCAGAUCUGGAGCUGUUACCGGCUGGGGACCAGACAGAGAUUGGAGAAAAGGGUAUCAAUCUGAGUGGAGGACAGAAGCAGCGAGUUAACCUUGCAAGGGCAGUGUAUAGCGAUGCUGAUAUUAUCAUACUUGAUGACCCACUCUCUGCUGUUGAUGCACAUGUGGGAAAACACAUCUUUGAAAAAGUCAUUGGUCCAAAUGGUCUGCUAAAGGACAAGACUCGAAUUCUUGUGACUCAUGGAGUCACGUUUCUGCCUCAAACUGACGAGAUUGUGGUUCUAGUGAACGGCAAAGUGACUGAAGUGGGCUCGUACAAAACACUGAGGGCAAACAGGGGGACGUUUGCAGACUUCCUGAACACCUACAGCGAAGGGAGUCGCAGCAAGGAGGGAGAAGCAACAGUCAACGUGGUGACAGAGGAAGAUGUCACACCAGAUGACGAUCAAGAACUCCAGGCGGAUGUGGAUGCGGGUGAGACGAUAACAUUGAGCCUGAAACGGGAGAACAGUGAACGUGUCAGAAGCAGGAAGUGGAGCAAAAGCAGCAUUAGAAUGUCUCUGAACAAGGCCAAGAGGGACAAGAACCUGGUGUCAGCGAAGGAAGGGCAGGCGGACAUGGUGAAGGGCCAGAGACUGAUAGAGAAAGAAACUAUGGAAACGGGAAAGGUGAAGUUCUCAAUCUACUGGAAAUAUAUCAGUGCUAUUGGCUCUUGGUACUGGUUGCUGAUAAUCCUGUCAUAUAUUGCCCAGAACGUGGCAACCGUUGGGCAGAACCUCUGGCUCAGUGACUGGACCAAUGAUGCCAGCCGCUACAUCAACACCACCUACCCAGCAUCUGAGCGCAAUCAGCGACUUGGCAUCUUUGGUGUUUUGGGUGUCGCACAAGCUGUCUUCGUGCUCCUUGGUGUAUUCCUGAUGGCAGGAGGAACCAUUGCCGCUUCCAGGGACUUGCAUUCACGCUUACUGCAAAACAUCCUCCAUGUUCCAAUGCUGUUCUUUGACACCACUCCGACUGGGAGGAUCGUUAACAGGUUUUCCAAGGACAUUUACACCAUCGAUGAAACCAUCCCAGUGUCGUUUCGGAGUUGGCUGUCGUGUACCUUUGGUGUGCUCGGCACUCUGGCUGUCAUUUGCCUGGCGACACCUUAUUUUACCAUCGUCAUUGUCCCACUGGUUGUCAUUUACUAUUUCAUCCAGAUCUUUUACAUCGUGACAUCACGGCAACUUCGUCGUUUGGAUUCAGUGACCCGGUCGCCCAUCUACUCUCACUUCAGUGAGACGGUCUUGGGUUUACCCAUAAUCCGAGCGUACGGACACCAGGCUCGCUUCCUGGCAGACAACGAGAAAAUCAUUAAUGAAAACCAGAAAUGUGUCUUUCCUUGGAUUGUGGCCAACAGGUGGCUUGCGAUCCGUUUGGAAUUCCUUGGUAACUUAGUGGUGUUCUUUGCUGCACUCUUUGCUGUUCUAGCUAGAGGUAGAUUGGAUAGUGGUCUGGUUGGCCUGUCUAUUUCGUAUGCACUGAAUGUGACCCAGGCACUGAACUGGCUGGUCAGGCAGACGUCGGAGCUGGAGACCAACAUUGUGGCUGUGGAGAGGGUCUCGGAAUACACCAAGCUGGACAAUGAGGCUCCGUGGACCACCGAACAUCAGCCAGAAGAGGGCUGGCCGGACAAGGGUGAGAUUAAAUUCCUGGAUUACAUGGUUCGGUACAGACCUGAGCUGGAUUUGGUGCUACAUGGGAUCACCUGUGAAAUCCAGCCAAGUGAAAAGGUUGGCAUUGUUGGAAGGACAGGCGCUGGGAAAUCCUCGCUGGCCAAUUGUCUGUUUCGCAUCCUUGAGUCAGCCGGGGGCAAGAUCCUCAUCGAUGGUGUGGACAUCUCCAUCAUUGGGCUACACGAUUUGCGGCAGAAACUCACCAUCAUCCCACAGGAUCCAGUGCUGUUCUCUGGUACAAUCCGCAUGAACCUGGAUCCCUUCAGCAGAUACACAGAAGAGGAAUUGUGGCAGUCCCUGGAGCUGGCUCAUCUGAAACAGUACGUGGCCAGUUUACCCGACAAGCUGCAGCACAAGGUCUCUGAGGGAGGUGAGAACAUCAGUGUCGGCCAGCGACAGCUCCUGUGUCUUGCCAGAGCCCUCCUGAGGAAAUCCAAGAUUCUCGUUCUGGAUGAGGCUACAGCAGCCAUCGAUCUUGAAACGGACGAUCUGAUCCAGACCACCAUCCAAAAUGAGUUUACAGACUGCACUGUGCUGAUCAUUGCACAUCGGCUACAUACCAUCAUGGACUGUACCAGGGUGAUGGUUUUGGAUGCUGGAAGAAUAAUCGAAUUUGACAGUCCCUUUGAGCUGCUCCAGAAGCAAGGACACUUCUAUAAUAUGGUAAAGGAUGCUGGGCUAACAGCAACAGGAGUCAAGGCCCUUUGACUAUCUCAUGGAUAUGACAGCAGGGAGGAGUAGCAGUGAAAACUGACCAGGAGUUCUGCUACAUUGUUAAUUCAUGGGUGGCGAUGCUGUGGCACUCAGUGCUCUGAGGCACCCAGAACUUGACGACAGACUCCCAAAACUUCCUUUAUUUUCAAUAAUGAACACAACUUUGAUUAAAGUGCCGGUAAAUCGUGA